AUGAGGGAAUGUGGAAGUGAAAGGAAAAGACGACAUGUUUGCGGCGCGGCGCGGGCCUGCGCGCGGCAGUCCCCGGGGACAGUCGGGGGGCGGGUCGGCCGCAGCCGCAGCGACCCACCCCCGCGCCCCCGCCGGCGCGCCGCCCGGGCUGCGGGGCCGGGGGCCGCGCGGGACACUCACCCUGGGUCCGGGCGCGGCUCCUGCGCUGGGGCCCUCGGCGGCCGGGCUGGGCUGGGGGCUCCUGGCUGCCCACCGCCCGGGCUGCUGCGCCCGCCGCCGCCUCCACGCGCGCCCGCCGCCCGCUCCGCCGCCCUCCCUCGGCUCCUCUCUUUCUCUCCGGCUGGAGGGAGCGGGUGGGGAAGGGCUCGGGGCCUGACUGCGGCCCCCGCACUGCUGGGGGGCGCCGAGGCGUGGCUGCUGACAGCGCUGGGGUCUGGUCGCGGGCGGCCCCCUGCAGGCAGCCUCGCCGCCUCCAGGCUCCGGGGCAGGCCGGACAGCCGGCCUCUACCCUCCGCGACUCCCGCCGUCCCCGCGCGUUCCCACUCCGACGCAGGGCCGCCACACAGGGUCAUUUAUUCCUGGGCACCCAGGCGUGCUUCUAAGACCUGCUCUGCCCUCAGCUUCUCCGGAGGAGUGGGGAGAAGACGGGAAAAGUUCCCAGAGCAAACUUGGUCACAUUUCUCAUUUUUCCAAGGAGGCCUACACUUGAUAGCUGUCCAGAUACCUCUGCAAAGUCUUCAGUCACCUCAACACCUAAAUGAGUCAGAGGGAACAACUGUCUCUUCUCUGUGGGGCUCUUUACCCAAAUCUACUGUCCAGAGACAGAGCCGGAAGUCCUCAGUCUUAAAGGCAGGAGAGGGUUUGAAAAACAGCCCAAGAAAAAUCAAGCCCUCAACUGAAAAGGAAAGGGAGCUCCAGAUUCAGGAAGACUUACCCUUUUGCAACCAAGGGUACAAGGUAUGGAGUUAUGGUCGCUAUCUUGUGAUGACAGGAAAAUGAAACCCACGUGGAGGAGAGCAGAGCUGAGAAGGUGGGACUUAGCUCCUUGAUCAACCUGCAGACCUAAUCCUGGGCUUUUCUGCCCUGUGAGUGAAUAAAUUUAU